ACCAACACACACAGUGGAUGGAUCAGCAGCUGCGUCUAAGGCUUUAAAAGAGGAUGCCAGAGUUUGGGAGUUUGGGAUAAAUCUGACAGGGAGCCGAGCAGAGCAAUAGGGGGACUAAAUUUUCCCCCUUUCACUGGGAUCUGUUUCUCACUGGGGGGAGGAGAGAGGAAGAGAGGGACAGACGGAAAGCAUAGACGGAGGACGUGUGCCCAUGAGGUCGUUGCUGUUGGUGCUUCUGCUGAUUGGCGUCCAGGCUGUACUGAACAUGGGAGGUGUCCUGGGCCCGGUGGCAGCCAACCACAGUGCAGAACACCACACAGUAGCCAAUGGCAGAGCAAAACAGCAGCGGGCGGCCCGCCUCUCAGUGUCACCUCAGCAGACUCAGCAGAGACCCAGCCGGACCAGACAGGCCCACAGGCCAGCCUCUCUACCCCAGGGCAGGAUCUCUUCCCUGGGCCACUCUGAGACAGGCUCCCCCUCUACCUCCUCCAUCCCGGAGGUGGACACCAAACUGUUUAGCAAGCGGCUCUACCACUCCUCACCGCGUGUCGUCUUCAGUGACGUACCCCCCUCUCACCACGGCCUGGGGGGGGAGACGGGGGAAGAGGAAGGAGAGGAGGAAGUGGGGAGGGUGAUGGGUGGGGGAGUGAGGGUGAGGCGGAAGGCGGGGGGGCAGCCCAUGCACAGGGGUGAAUACUCCGUGUGCGACAGCAUCAGCGUGUGGUUGGGGAACCUGACCAAGGCCACAGACAUCGCCGGCAACGAGGUGGAGGUUCUGCCAGAGGUGAAGAUAGACAACGUCCGCAAGAGACAGUUCUUCUACGAGACCACCUGCCGCGUGGCCACACCCCCGGGGGGCGGAGCUGGGGCUGGGGGAGGAGUUAUGGGAGGCGGGCCCAAGGCGGGGGCCAAGUCAGGGUGCCGCGGCAUCGACAGCCGUCACUGGAACUCGUACUGCACCAACACGCACACGUACGUGCUCGCGCUCACCAAGUCCAAGGAGCAGAUGGCGUGGAGGCUGAUACGCAUCAACGCAGCGUGUGUGUGUGUCCUCAGCCGCAAGUCCUGGAGGCACUGACCUUUAACCCCUGGGACUAUGGACCCUGAACCACACACCAUCAUCACUGAACUUUAACCCCUGGGACUAUGGACCCUGAACCACACACCAUCAUCACUGACCUUUAACCCCUGGGAAUAUGGACCCUGAACCACACACCAUCAUCACUGACCUUUAACCCCUGGGACUAUGGACCCUGAACCACACACCAUCAUCACUGACCUUUAACCCCUGGGACUAUGGACCCUGAACCACACACCAUCAUCACUGACCUUUAACCCCUGGAAAUAUGGACCAUGAACCCCGAACCACACAGACAGUACACACAUCAUCAUCACUGACCUUUAACCCCUGGGAAUAUGGACCAUGAACCCUGAACCACACACAGUACACACAUCAUCAUCGGCCAUCAUUAGGGGUCGAGUAUGAUUGCCCUCCUGGUGGGUCUCACACACACACUCUUGAAUCACCCCCCCCCCCCCUCCCCCCCUACCUCAGUCAGUGUCCUGGUUCUUCUAAGUUAUGAGGACUGUAAGUCAUAUUUAUAUUUUAAACAGUCAAAUAUGAAUAUAUAUAUAUAUAUUAAAUAAGUGUGUAUAUAUAUACACACAUAAUGAAAUCAGGCUUUCAUUGUUGUGUUGUUGUUGAUGCUGUUAUUUAUUAAACUCUUC